AGAUAGCCCUUUUCCUUCCUUACACCAUCCAUGUCCUCCUCCUCCUCCUCCGUGUUCCCCUUCUCUUCUUCUUCUCCUCGCUUUCUUUACCAGAAAAGAAAAUAGACAAAGGCCAUAAAAGAGGAAUUAGAGAGGAGGGUUGGCUGGUUCUGCCUGCGAUUCCAAAUAUCUAUCCACUGGAGAGCUUUGAAACUGAGUAAGAGAUAGAGGAGUGCUAAAAAAAAAAACCCCAAAACAAAAGAAAAGGAUAAUAAACCUUGGGGGGGCGCCUUUGAGUUAAGAGAGAGAGAGAGAAUGGCAACAAUCACCCAUAUGCGGCUAGUAGUAGUGUGGCCUCUUCCAUCUGUAUUCUGCCCCCCUGCUCAUUUCUUUAGCGUUGUUCACCACGCUGCUGCCCCCCCGAAGCCAUUCUUACACAACUCACCUGUUGCUGCUGCCUCAUCACCAUUCUAUCAACCCUACAGAAGAAGAAGAACAAGUGCUAGACCCUUUUAUACUCUGUCCAAUCCAUCUUCAACGGAAGCGGCGGCGGCGUGGCUUUCUGGAAAUAGCAAAAGAAAUGAGGAGAUAGACGGGUUGUUGAAUGAUGAGGAGGAGGAAGAAGCAGGAAUUCAGAUGUUUGGUUCUGAUGAAGAAAUUACCACUCAGAUUCCAACCCAAGCCCAGUCUGUUGUAAAAGGUUCUGGGGACAUUCUAGUUGCAGAAUAUAAGCCUGCCCCAGAUGUAGAUUACAUUCAGGAAUUACUCGCAAUUCAACAGCAAGGACCGAGAUCAAUUGGCUUUUUUGGGACACGCAAUAUGGGAUUUAUGCACCAAGAACUUAUUGAGAUUCUCAGCUAUGCAAUGGUCAUAACGAAAAACCACAUUUUUACAUCAGGUGCAUCAGGGACUAAUGCAGCCGUCAUAAGAGGUGCCUUAAGAGCAGAGAAGCCCGAACUCCUUACUGUUAUACUGCCCCAGAGUUUGAAAAAGCAGCCUCCUGAGAGUCAGGAACUGCUGGCAAAAGUAAAAUACAUUGUGGAGAAACCCGAAAACGAUCACCUUCCUUUGAUAGAAGCAAGCAGGCUAUGUAACAUGGACAUCAUUUCACGUGUUCAACAAGUGAUAUGUUUUGCAUUCCAUGACAGUCGAUUGCUGAUGGAAACAUGCCAAGAAGCCAAGAAUCUGAGAAAGAUUGUGACACUGUUCUACUUAGAUUAAUCAGGGGGCCAGCAGCACUUUUCUUUAUUUUUUAAACUCAUUUCUAUCAUCAUCUUCUUCUGUUUAUAUACAUUUGUUCAAGGAUGCCCCUUGGCGUUUCGAGUUCUCCUUUAGUAAAGUCAUGUACAGAUUCAAACUGUCUGAGGGAAACGCUAGCCAGAAAAAUUCACUUGAGACAGAUAUUGUUAAUGUCUUUUAUGCAAUUGUUCAUUUAUAGAGAUUAAUUU